UGGCUUAAAAUAAAUUUUCAAUUUUCAUUGAACUUCUGUCUUCAAUCUUCAUAGGACCGUUCAGUGUUCUGUCAUUUAAAAAUCUUUUGCAGCAGUUUCGUUCCUAUUUCUAUUGAAACAUAUUUUGCGAAUGAUCCUAAAAUAAUUCCUAAAUAGCUAACCGGUAAAGUCAAAGGAGUUUCCCCUAUACUAAAACUGCGAGCAUAGCAAUCAAAACAAUGAAAAAAAAAUCAAUAACAUUGGAAAUAGAUCCAACAAUAAUGGAAAGCAACAUGAGAAUCGUAAGAGAAAACCCUGUGGAAGAGGAAUUCAAUAAGCUGAUGGCUGAAGCAGUUCCAUCGCAAAUUGUAAAGCCACGGCCAGGUUUUUGUGUUAAGACAUUUACAAAACCUGAAAACAAGAAAAUGUUUGUCAACAUUUGUCUCACUGAAGCCAUACCAAGUCCAGUAGACAUAAGCAAUGAAGAGUUGAUGCAAAUCCUCAAUUCUGAAGAUCCAUCAAGCUACAGAGUUCCCAUGAGUAUCGGCGAGGGAAGAAUAGAGCAAGAUAAAUCAGGUGCACCAGCAAUGGCUUACGAUGUUGCAAUAAACCCAGAAUUCUUUUCAAAGAUAGAAAAGGACGAUUUAUUCCAAACAUUUUUCUUAACUGUCGUAUUCGAAGGUUUACAAGAUAAAUAUCAAUUUGAAAUUGACAUGCAAAGGUUCACAAUACUCAAGAAUAGACAUUCCAUUGGCACUUUGCAGUCUCAUAGAAUUCAGAUUAGGGAUGUUAAGAAAUGUGAGGAAAGGAGAGCUCAGCCCUUAAUUGAGGAGAUACAAAAGCCUGCAAAGUCAUUGAACAAAAAGGAAUUUGUGUACAGAUUGAGGCGUGAACCUCCCACAGGAGAGAUUGAAUACCUAUUAGCUGAAUUUAUGGUACCACCUUCGGUGGAACUGAAAGAUUUGAACCUGGAAAUUGGUGAAGAUAGGUUGGUUUUGGAUUCCAAAGGACUUUUCGAGUCUGUAGACUUCUUUCUACCCUGCAGUGUUGACCAAGAUGUUGUUGAUGCACAGUUGAAUAGAAAUAAAGAUAUGCUGUUUGUGAAGAUGCCCAUCAUACAUUAGAGUUAUUGAUCUUGUAUUAGUUAAUUAAACAUAAUAAAUGAAUACAUACA